AUGAGCUCCUCUCAGCCCUCUCCCUCUCCCUUCGAAGUCGGCGCCUUCCUCCCCGGAGGGCACAACACGGACCCCGCGCUCCCGGAAAAUAGCCCCACGGUGGGCUACAAGCUAAACCACCUCAUGCUCCGCAUCCGCGAUCCUAAGCGCUCGCUCCACUUCUACAUUGACCUGAUGGGCAUGCGUACCGUGUUCACGAUGAACACAGGUCCGUGGACAAUCUACUACCUGGGCUACCCGUCCACACCUGAAGACCGCGCCGAUCUCCCCGCAUGGUCCGCCAAGGUCGGCGGGGAUAACAAGACCCUUACAUCGACACUAGGCCUGCUGGAACUAUACCACAUCCAUGGCUCGGAGAAGGAUACCGCUGAAGGGGGGUAUGAGAUGUCCACGGGUAACGUGCCGCCUCAUUUGGGAUUCGGGCAUCUCGGGUUCACUGUUCCAGAUGUCCCCAGUGCUCUUGAGAGACUGAGGAAUGCUGGGGUAAAGGUUAUCAAGGACCUUGGUGUAACAACGCGCGAGAGCAUACCGCUCAGCAAGUGGGAGGAAGAGCGUGGUGUGGGUGUGGGCGAGAUCCAUCCGACCUAUAAGGCUGUCUUUGACCAGAUUGCUUUUGUGGCUGAUCCGGAUGGGUAUACUGUAGAGCUCGUUCCGCAAUCUAUGAGUUAG